AUGCUAUCCCGUGUGUUUUCAGAGCACGUCAGAGAGCAGGUAGAACACUUUCGUUUCCACCCGUCACAGCCUCCCCUCCUGGCAUCUUUCCACGAUGUCGUGGUCAUUUGUGUCGUUUAUUUCCUGUCGGUGAGAGCUUUGAAGUUCUUCAUGCGAUCGAGGAAGCCGUUCGACCUGCGGUAUGUUGUUGCCUUUCACAGCGGGCUGUUAACAGUGGCAAGCUUUGUGCUCUUUGCUUCUUUCAUGAUGAUUUUGUUCGAAAAGUUUCAGAGCUUCUCGCCCUGGGAGACGAUAUGCUCAUCCGACUUUCAUCACGACGGCAACCUGCAAUUUCUGUAUUAUAUCAACUAUCUGGUGAAAUGGUACGAACUGCUCGACACGGUCAUCCUGGUGUUGAGAAAGAAAGAGGUGAUAUUUCUCCAUGAGUAUCAUCACGCAGCGACGCUCUUCUUGUGCUGGAUACAGCUCGAUCAGCAUUCUACCGUGCAGUGGGUUCCCAUCACCAUAAACCUCCUCGUCCAUGUCUUCAUGUACUACUACUACACGCUGGCGGCGCUGAAAAUCCCAGUCUGGUGGAAGAUUUAUCUCACUCAGCUCCAGAUCGUUCAGUUUGUGAUAGACAUCGCAGCUUGUAAGCACCUCCGCAUGAUUCUUCUUUGCUCUCGUCCCAGGCCCAUGUGCAACGGCACGCUUAAGGGAGCGCUCGUGGGGGUCGGGGUGAUCUUCAGCUAUCUCGUGCUCUUUGUCAUUUUCUACCUUCAGACUGUGAGUAUCUAUGCGGGGUGGGUGGAAAGGGAGAGGGAGAGGGAGAGGGGGGGGGGGGGGAUGGGAGGUGGUGGAGGAGGCUGA